CACAACAUCAUCCACUCCAAAUAUCACAUAUUACCAAAUCUAAUCGCCGACAUACAUUGAACUCAAAUCCGCUCAGAAUCUCCGACAAUCAGUUCCAAUCCAUGGCUCAGAAUCAACAACCUAUUUUCCAGACCAAACCUCCAGAACAAUUUGUGCAAAUACCUAUCAACAUCGAGCGUGAUUCUUCAACCACACGCAUGAACCAAACCGGAAACACAAUCCGGAAACCAAACCACUGGCCAACCAUCACCAUCUCAAUCAUCUUCGUCAUCAUCGGUCAAUCCAUAGCGAAACUCCUCGAAAACUUCUACUACGACAAAACCAACCGAAGCGAAUACAACGAAAACCGUCAAAACGAUGGCGUUUGGACUCAAUCUCUUCUCCAAACUGUUGGUUUCCCUCUCCUUCUUCUCCCGUUCCUCAUCUUCAUCACCAAGAACAAACGCAACCACCAUCAACAACCUCCGAUCACUUCCGAUUCAAUCCACUUAAAAUCCUUAGCUGUGAUCUACAUUUGCAUCGGAAUUAUCAUGUCCGUUCAAGGAAGACUCGCAGCCAUGGGAAAACUCGAGAUCCCAUUUGGUGUUUUCACUCUGAUCUACACAGCACAGCUCUUCUUCACUCCUAUCUUCGCAGCUUUCAUUAACAAAAUCAAAUUCAAUCGAUGGGUUGUUAUCUCUGUGAUCUUAGCUAUCAUCACCGGAGCUCUUACUCUGUCUUCUUCAUUCGGUGGUGAGCCUGAUGAAGCAGAGGAGAAUUACGCUAGAGGCUCAUGGGCUGCUCUGUUCGCUGGAAUCUGUUUCGCUCUUCUUCUCUGUAACAUCCAAAACGUCUUCGACAGUUACAUCUUCAAACGAACUGAAUCAACCAAUCAAAAACCAAGCUUUGCCUCUGUUUUCGAAGUUAUUAUCUUCUCUUCUCUCGUUGCUACGAUCAUCUCCGUCGUGGGUCUGCUUAUAGCCGGUGAGCAACACGAUUUGAAGAGGGAAAUGAAUGGAUUCUCGAAAGGGAAAGGUUCUUAUGUGAUGGCUAUGGUUGGUCAAGCUGUUUCGUGGCAGGUCUAUUGGGUUGGGAUUGUUGGACUUGUCUACUCUGUUUCGAGCGUGUUGUCGAAUGUGAUCAGUGUCAUUACGUGGCCGAUUGUGUCGGUUCUUGUGGUGAUCUUCUUCAAUUUCAUGGAUGAUGAGUUUGAUGCCUUCAAAGGUGUUGCCUUGGUUACUGCCGUCUUAAGCGCUGCAGCUUAUUUCUUUAGGCUUCACAAAGACAAUCGUAUGGCUUAUUAGGUUUGGAUUCUUGAAUCUCUAAAGAAAGUUUUUUUAUUUCCCUUGAUUUUUUGUGUGUAUAUCUAAUCAUAUAUUCUAGGUGUUUAUCUUGUGUAAGUGUAAGUGUGUAACAGCUUUGGUUAUAGAUGUAAAUUU